GCUCUCAAUUGAAACUUGAUUUCUUCAUCUUUCCGCAGAAUGCUGGACGUUAUAGAAACAAUCGCAGAAAAUGUUCCACUGGAAGAGCAGCAAGUCACAGCUCCAUAUUCUAAUCUUGCUAUUGGUGCUGCCAAAGUGGAGCGGGACACUUUAAAUGGUCUGGUCUAUGCUGUUUCAUUUGGAAUCAAUGAAACGGAACCAAGGAGUGAGAUACACAAUUCACAAGUCGAUGAUAUGAUGGACUUCAUUUCUUUACCAAAGAGUUUAUUAAGACAUCUGAAAGACGAAGAACGGUCAAACUUUUUAAGGAUUUCCAUGAUCAGUUUGCGUGACGAUAAGCUAUAUAGGGUAAUGAAAAUGUCCAGUACCAAAACAAAUCCUAAAAUUAACAGCCAUAUUAUUGCUGUAAAUAUUCUUAACGUUCACGAACCAGUUACCAAUCUUGAUGAACCAAUUAAAAUAUCAUUCCAUGUAAUAGUUCCGAAUGCCACCAAUCCACAAUGUGUCUAUUGGGAUAAAUCCUCUGAACAUUGGUCGACAAAAGGCUGUGACAUAUCCAACUAUGUACCUGGGAAGAAAGUAUUGUGUUUCUAUUAACAUCUUACAAGUUUUGCUAUACUAAUGGAUGUUUACCAGAAUGAAGGAGAUGUAAAAAAUAAAGAACUCUUGUCUAUUAUUUCUAACAUUGGCUGCGGAAUAUCAUUUGUCUGUCUCAUUCUGACUGUAACAAUUCAUGUUUAUUCAAAAAAUCUAUGGAAAUUAAUGGCUUCCAAGAUUUUAGUAAAUUUGUGCAUUUCUUUAGCUGUCACUUAUUUAAUCUUUCUUGCUGGGUUCCAAGAGUAUAGUACAAAACUAACAGCUGUUU